GAGUGGAAGAAGAAAACCCGCAGUCAAGUGCUCAUUUUUCACUCUGCUCAAUUAUGGAGGACACGCAUUCUUCCUUCGCUCCUUUUGAUUGAACUUGUAGCUGAUUUUACUGUUCAUCACUUACUCACUUUUUUCUGGGAGGCUUCCUUUGCUAAUGCUGAGAUGAGUUCAUUCUCCAUCACACGGAAAAAGACACCAUUCCAGAAGCACAGAGAAGAGGAGGAGGCAAAGAAGAAGAGAGCAGAAGAUGAGACUGCUCGCUUGUAUGCCGAAUUUGUAGAGUCAUUUCAAGGAGAUACUACUCCUGGGUCAAAGACUUUUGUUCGAGGAGGAACAAUUAAUCCCAAUGAUAGAUUGAAAGAUGAUUCUGAGGGUGAAAAGUCCAAAGAUGGGGUAUCUGGUCCAAAGAAGGGAAGUAGGUACGUACCAUCUUUUAUACCACCUCCGUUGGCAACCAAGGGGAAAGAAUCUGAAAGGAAAAAGGAGGAGGAAAAGCCAAAGGAGAAGGAGAAAGGAAAGUCAAGGAAUAUUGAUCAUUUUAUGGAGGAGCUAAAGCAUGAGCAAGAGAUGAGGGAGAGGCGAAAUCAAGACCGUGAUCAGUGGCGUGAUGGGCGUCCUGGAGAACAUUCUACUUCCAGUCGCUUUGACGAGCUACCUGAUGAUUUUGAUCCUAGUGGAAAACUUCCUGGAUCAUUUGAUGAUGGUGAUCCACAAACUACAAAUCUUUAUGUUGGAAAUCUCUCACCCAAGGUUGAUGAAAAUUUUCUUCUCCGUACUUUUGGAAGAUUUGGACCUAUUGCUAGCGUAAAAAUAAUGUGGCCUAGGACAGAGGAGGAGCGAAGGCGGCAAAGAAACUGUGGCUUUGUAGCUUUCAUGAACAGAACUGAUGGACAGGCUGCAAAAGAUGAAAUGCAAGGAGUUGUGGUUUAUGAGUAUGAAUUGAAAAUUGGAUGGGGAAAGUCUGUUGCCCUCCCAUCGCAAGCACUACCUGCACCUCCUCCAGGGCAUAUGGCCAUUAGGAAUAAGGAGGGUAAUACUGUGAUUUUGUCUGGCCCAUCAGGUCCGCCAGUAACAUCUGUGCCUAAUCAGAACUCUGAACUGGUUCUUACUCCUAAUGUUCCUGAUAUAAUGGUUACACCUCCUGAGGAUGACCAUCUAAGGCAUGUAAUUGAUACAAUGGCUUUAUAUGUCCUGGAUGGAGGAUGUGCUUUUGAACAAGCUAUUAUGGAGAGGGGUCGUGGCAAUCCUCUUUUCAAUUUCUUGUUUGUUCUUGGCUCGAAGGAACAUACCUACUAUGUCUGGAGACUCUACUCAUUUGCUCAGGGUGAUACUCUUCAAAGAUGGCGGACUGAACCUUUUAUCAUGAUAACAGGCAGUGGAAGAUGGAUUCCUCCCCCAUUACCAACAACAAAAAGUCCAGAACAUGAAAAGGAGUCUGGUUCCACACAUGCUGGAGGGCGAAGCAGGCGUGUAGAGCCUGAAAGAACACUGACUGAUGCACAGAGGGAUGAGUUUGAGGAUAUGCUGCGUGCUUUAACAUUAGAGAGGAGCCAGAUAAAAGAGGCUAUGGGUUUUUCGUUAGACAAUGCUGAUGCAGCUGGCGAGAUAGUUGAAGUUUUGACUGAAUCCUUGACACUUAGAGAAACCCCUAUUCCAACUAAAAUUGCAAGGCUUAUGCUUGUCUCCGAUAUUCUUCAUAAUAGUAGUGCUCCUGUAAGAAAUGCAUCAGCAUAUCGAACCAAGUUCGAAGCAACAUUACCGGACAUAAUGGAGAGUUUUAAUGACUUGUAUCGUAGCAUAAUGGGGCGUAUUACUGCUGAAGCCCUAAAGGAACGAGUACUGAAAGUCUUGCAAGUGUGGGCCGACUGGUUUCUCUUUUCAGAUGCUUAUGUGAAUGGCUUAAGAGCCACAUUCCUUCGAUCUGGGAACUCUGGGGUAACACCAUUCCAUUCCUUAUGUGGUGAUGUACCUGAGAUUGAGCAGAAGAUCACUUCCGAAGAUACAGUUGUUGGUGGCAAGACCAACCAAGAUGCUGCAUUGGCAAUGGGUCGAGGAGCUGCAACGAAGGAGUUAAUGAAUCUUCCUCUUGCUGAGCUCGAAAGACGGUGCCGACACAAUGGAUUAUCACUUGUUGGUGGUAGAGAAACGAUGGUUGCAAGGUUGCUAAGUCUUGAAGAGGCAGAAAAGCAAAGAGGUUAUGAACUAGAUGAUGAAUUGAAAUAUUCCCACAACCAUGCAAGUUCAGGGAAAUAUUUAGGUAGUCAGCAAGAAACAAGUGCCGAGCCUGAACCAGUGGGACUGUCUGGGUGGAACCACUAUGGGGAUGAAGAUUUGCAGUCACAAGGCAAAGGGUCUGCACCUUUAGUGCCAGCCCUUCCCAUUCCACAGGCUGAACUUAAAGCCUUCACCAAAAAGGAGAAGAAUGAACCAGUUUUGCCAGCCUCUAAAUGGGCUCGAGAUGAUGAUGAGAGUGACGAUGAGCAAAGAAGAAGUGGAAAAAAUCUCGGGUUAAGCUACUCAUCUUCUGGUAGUGAGAAUGUGGGUGAUGGUCUUAUUAAAGCUGAUGAAUCAGAGUGUGCUGCUGAUACAAGUUUUUUAGCUCAUGCUGACAGUGGAAUGAAUGAAGAGCAGAGGCAAAAGUUGAGACGCUUGGAGGUUGCUUUAAUUGAAUAUCGCGAGUCUCUUGAAGAAAGGGGAAUUAAAAAUUUGGAAGAAAUUGAGAAGAAAGUUGCAACACACCGGAAAAGGCUGCAAGUGGAGUAUGGAUUAUCAGACUAUGGUGAAGAUGGUCAAGGCAAUAGAAGAACAUCUUCAGAGAGGAGGGAUAGGCUCGAUGUGUCAAGGAAACGGCACCGUAGCCGUAGUCGAAGCAGUAGUCCACAACCGAAGUCAUCAGGCAAAGACAGAGAUAGAGAACAUGAUUUAGAAAGGGAACGAGAGAGGCAAAGAGAUAGAAGUUAUGAUUUGGAUAGUGAUAGAGGAAAGGACAGGCUCCGGGAAAAGAGUGGAAGCAGAGAAAGGGAUGAUCACGAUAGGGAGAGGGGCAGGGACAGGGACAGGAGAAGACGAACCAAAUAAGAAAAAGAUUGGACAGUGCUCUAUCAGUUACUUUAAUGAUUUGCAGAUUGGUUUGUAACAAGAGUCGGGACAGUUGGCUUUUUGUUACUUUAAUGAUCUUGGCAGUGUGAUACCUGGUGGAAGGUAGGAAUGAAACGUCUGCCAGAAAAUUGUUGUUACUAUAGACAAUCUUAGAAAAUGAUCAAUAGAAUCUAGCUCUUGAAACCCCAUAAUUCUACUUAUAUGUAAUUUCACGACUUUUAAUCUCGUUAAUUUUGUCAGUGAAUUAGUGCAUGUUGCCGCAUAUUGCAAUUUUAAUCAAGUGGGUU